UAUAUAUAUAUACUAGCUUAUGUGCAACUGCAACUGCAUGAUAACUUGUACGCAAGCCCCAGCUACAUAAGGAAGAUAGUAUUUUUUUUUGUUUCUUUUUUUUUGCUCAAGGCAUUUGGUUAAAUUAUAAAAAACUACAAGUAAACAUUCAGUAAAGUAUUCGAAACGAUUUGACCUGGAGCUUUUUUUUGCAAUCAUAACUCAUCCAGCAAUUUUAAUUUAUUGAGUGAUAUGGCUGAUCAAGAUGAUCAGGAUGAAUUGGAGUUGGAUUACCAUUUAACGUUUCCAACAUUUCAACAACCAGAAUUUAAAAAAAAAGAUAAUGAAUUUGUAUUUAUUUUUGAGGAUAAUGAUAGACCAGUUAUUGUGUUGCUAGGUUGGGCUGGAUGUCAAGACAAAUAUCUUGCCAAAUACAGUGCAAUAUAUGAAGAUAAAGGUUACAUUACACUGCGAUAUACGGCCCCUGUGAAAUGUUUAUUUUGGCGUCGUAAUGAAAUACCAAAUAUUGGCAAACGUUUGCUCCAGGUCAUCUCGGAUCGAAGCCUCGAUCAACAUCCAAUAUUUUUUCAUGUGUUUAGCAACGGUGGAGCUUUUCUUUAUCAACAAAUAAGCCUUGCUAUUGAACAAUCUUACAAAAAUACUAGAGUAAAAGGUGUUAUUUUUGACAGUUCGCCCGGGGAAAGAAGAGUCACAGCAUUAUUUAAAGCAAUUAGUGCCGUAUUGGGUGGUAAUCUAAUGACAAACAUUCCCAUGUCACUUUUAAUAACAAUUUUUUUGUCUGUACUUUGGCUUUAUGAGGUUUUUGCUCAUGCAUGGGGAAUUGAUCAUCCAGUACGAACAAAUCCAAUUGCCCUCACCGAAGAACCACAUUCCUGGCCUCAAUUAUUUCUAUACUCAGAUGUUGAUACGUUAAUACCCGCAACGGACGUUGAAAAAUUUGCAAUUCGCCGAGCAGAACGUGGUAUCCAUGUACAACUUGUGAUGUUUCGUGAUUCACCUCAUGUUAAACACUAUGCAACUUAUCCAGAUGUUUAUGUUAAUACUGUCUGUAAUUUUAUCAAUGACUGUCUCUCGUUUGAUAAAAAAUCAAAUAAUAACAAUGUAACAGACAAAUGUAAAUUUCAAGAAAGAAUUUUGGGAUUAACAAGACCAAUUAUUACAAAACGUGGUGUGGGCCAAUUAAUCUACCGUGAAGUUGAUAGAGAAAAAUUAAACUAAAUAUUAAUAUUAUUAUUAAAUAUUUAAAAAACAAAUUUAAACAAACUCAUUUACAUCAAUUUUAUUUUGUGUAAAUAAAAAUUUUAAAAAUUAUGGGUUGAUUUAUUAAAUUGUUAAGAAACAGUUUUUUUUUUUUUUUUUUUUAAAUUUUCAUCUCGGUGCUCAACGAGCUGGUCUCGUUAUUAUUAAUUUUUAAAUUUAAUUGAUGUAAAAGAAUUUAUAUUUACCAGCUUAGAAAUUUAAAAAAAAAUCAAAAUUAGAAAAUAUGAAAAUCUGAUUUGUGCUGAAAAAUAAUUAAAUAAUUAUUUAUUUGUGUUAAAUAUACCUAAAUAAAAAAAAAAUUAAAUUCAGUUAAAUGUAAAAUAAUAAAAGAAAAAAAAAAAAAAA